AUGAAAGAAUGCCGGCAGGAGGAAAUCCACUUGAAGGGUCUGUGUGCUCGAGGAUUCUUGAUAGCACUGGUGGUUUUACGAGGCGAGAGACCUAUCCUGGAUGCUGAUGAAAUCGUGGAGGCCAUAGAAUGCGCUGCCUUCCUGCAGGUGGAGUCUCUUGCCAAACAUCUCAUGGACCUCAUCGACUCUGAUAACUGUUUGCUAAUGUAUCACACCGCAGCAACCUUUGGCUUAAUGGCCCUCUACCAUGCUGCUGCACUGUUUAUCCGGAACAUGUACCACGACUUAGAGGUCGAAGUCAGGAAAAGCUUACCGACGGAGCUUGUUGCGUAUAUAGAGUCACUGGUUCCUAGCACGUUUGUAGCAGUUGGAGCCCACUCGACUUGUGGUGUGGAUGAAACCAUCCACGCUGGCAACAGGACUUUGUGCUACCUGGACGAUGAUGGGAAAACCUGGAAGGUCCUCACAGACCUACCCCCAGAGGCCAGUACCUCUAUGGCCGGUGUGACCGUUCUGGACAACAAGCUGUAUGUCGUGGGAGGGAUACAGGUGCGGGGUGCCCGCAAGUACGCUGUGGACUCCUGCUUCUGCUACAGUGUGGAGGCUGACCAGUGGACCAUGAUAGCCAGUCCAAAACAGUUGCGGUACAACUUCUCUCUCGUGGGACUGGAUGGAUGUCUUUAUGCUAUUGGGGGUGAGUACGAGCGAACAAUCAUGUCAUCAGUGGAAACUUACGAAGUUAUGACCGGAAGGUGGUCAUUUGUGGCACAUUUGCCGCAACCAGUCGCCGGAGCAGCGUGUACAAAGGGCAUGGGCCGGAUAUUUGUGUGCUUGUGGAAACCAAUGGAGACCACUGAAAUCUAUGAAUACCUGCCCAGGAAAGACCAGUGGUUGCUUGUCAGCACUCUGAUAAGGCAUCAGAGCUACGGCCACGCCAUGGUGGCUCACCGGGAUAACCUGUACGUCAUGCGUAACGGGCCACAAGAUGACUUCCUGAGAUGCAUGAUGGACUGCUACAACCUCACCACAGGCCAGUGGACAGCCUUGCCAGGGCACUUUGCCAACAGCAAAGGCUCCCUGUUCACAGCCGUGGUGAGAGGCGACUCGGCUUUCACGCUGAACCGAACCAUAACUUUGGAGUACGCUAUCGAGGGGAAAACUUGGAAGCCCAGGAACCAGAUGAAGGGUUUCCCAAGAAGUGGCUCCCUGUGGACAUUUUUUCUUAGGCUGCCCAAGGGACGUAGAGGCUCCAUAUUGAAUGGCAUCCAUGAUGGAUAUGGACAAUGUUGA